AUGUUUGAUUUACUUUAUUUGUAAUUCUCUUAGGUUUCAUCAAUAGAAGAAUAUGCUGUGAUAGUUGAUUAUUAUAGAUUGAAUCUAAAGAAUCCUUAUCCAAAUGUUUUGGUGAGAGAAAUCUUAUAAAAUAUAGCCACAUCAAUUGAUGAAGGUCAAAAGCCCAAGAAUUUAGAUCCUUUUGAUUUUAUUUCAUAUGAUGUUUCUCCAUCUAGAUUGAUGACUAAAUUGCAAACUUUUCUUGUAGAAAGACACCUUUAUUUGAAUAAUUAUGAAUGGCAAUUCUUUCUAUUUGAAACAGUAAUAUAUAUAAUAAUUUUAAUAGUUUAGUGAUAUCAAAGUGAAUAAGAAUUUACUUAAUGAUGAAUAAUUUGUAUAAAAGAAAAUUAAAUAUAUCUAAGAGAAUUAUGAAGAUACUAAGAAAAUUAAUUAGGUAGAACAUAUAUUUAUUAAUCUAUUACCUCUUACAUCAUAAAAAUCAUUAUCUGAUUAUAUUUUACUUGUGUUGACUAUUUUAGAUCAUUCCCUCUUUAUAAAAUUAUUUAGUUUAAUAGUUUAUAAAUAUUAUGCUCACUCGUAACAUACAAAUAUAAAAGUGCUUGAAGGUAUGCACAUCAAAAUAAAAUAGACUUAUAAAAGUUCUUAUGUAUUCCUGAGUAUAAUUAUUUAUUGAUUGGAAUUAUUAAACUUAUUAAUUAAUGGAAGAAUGAAAUUAAAAAUACCAAGGAUUCAUUUUAAAUUGCUUUAGAUUCAGUUAAAUGGAAAUAUAGAUAAAUUGGAUUAGUGUUUUUUCGAUGUGGAAGUUUUGUAGAAUCUGUAUAUUAUUUAGAAAAAUACUUAGCAAAGAAAAAUCUACUCUUUAAAUUUGAUUUAAAAAAAUUAUCACAUAAACAAUAAGAGAAACUACAUAAUACUUUAUUAUAUAUUAAUAUGGCAAAGAGUCAUUUAAAUAGUUCUAUUCCUCCUGAAUAAAUAUAUUAGAGAUUGAAUUUUAAUUUCCCCUUCAAUCCUGAUUCAUUACUUGAAGUUGGUAAUAAUUGGUAUAAAGAAUAAAAUGUGGCUAUGAAAAUGAGAUAAAAAUAAAUACCUUUGGAUGUAUCAUUAUACAAUUUUAAGGAACUUAAUUAAAAAGGUUAAUAUUUAAAUAUAUUGGAUCCUUCAAGAUUAGAUAAAAUAGUUAUUUCUUUAAUAUCAGAUAUCUCAAGAUAUGUAUCUUAGGAAUUCAGUAAGGAAUAAAUAAUUUAGAGUAUAAAAUAUGUAAAAUUAUCAAUUGCUCUAUCUCUAAAAUCAACCAGUUUAUCAAAAAUAAUAUGUUAAAAUAUAAUACAAACAUCAUAUAUAAUAAAAAGACUUGAGAAUUAUUGGGAAGGUAUAUAGGGUAAAGAAAUUAGAAUAACAUUUGUAAAAAGAUUUUCAUAAUAAUAUUGGAUGUAUUUGAACACUUUGGUGAAGAGAAGGUAAUUUAAAUGAGAUUAUAUUUAUAGUUCAAAAUCAUAUAAAAUAAUAAAUUAUAGAGAAUAGUAUGCUAAACACCUUAUGAAAAUAGACAGAUUUGAGGAAGCACUUGCAAUUUGUAAGAAAAAAUAAAAUCUUAUUUAAUGUCGUAUAUAUGAAAGAAUGGGAUAUUAUUAUAAGGCAAUAAGUUUAACAGGGAUUGAUCCUUUUACUUAUUCAUAAAAUAAGGGAUUUUUUAUAACAGAUAUACAGAAUUGUUCAUAAAAGAUAAAAUUUUUAAGAUAUUUAAUUAAAGAUUAAUUAUUUCAUAGAGAACGUGUAUUAUAAACUUAUAAUGAUAUUUGGAGUUCAAAACAUUUACCUCCUUUAUCAAGAUAUUUUGAGAAUAAAAAGAAAUUUAGUAAAUUUUGUUAUCAUUAUGCUUAAGAAUUGGAAUAAGAAUAUAAAUGUAAAUGUGAUAGUUAAAAUUAAUAAAAUUGUUUAAAAUUAAUGGAUUUAUUUUUAAGUAGUGUAAGUGCAGGUGAUAAAUAUGUAUAAUAAUCAUUUCCAAAAAUAUUUAGAUUAUGGUUUAUGCAUAAAUAAAAAGAUUAAUUUGCUUAAAAAUUUGAUACAUAUUUAAAUUCUAUAAAUUGUGUAAAGUUACAAUAUUGUUUAGAAUUAUUAAUAACAGGAGUUGAAACAUUUAAAAAUGAUCGUACAUCUAGUAGAAGUUUAGCUUAAGCACUUUCAAUAUUAGCAAAUAAUUAUCCAAGUCAAAUGAUAUGGUGGUUAGCUCCUUUAAAGAAUUUCAAUUAAACUUCAUAACAGUAUAUAUAUAUAUAAAUAUAAUUAUAGUAAAAUAUUGAUGUAUUAAGAAGUAUUAAAAUUAAUUCCUGAGAAAAGAGAGAAAUUUGAAGAUUUAGAAAAAUAAUUUAAUGUGAUUUUAAGAAUCUGUUAAUAAAAAUCAAAAAUAAAUUAAUAAUAAGGUUGGACAAUAGAGAAUAUUAAUUCUUAAUUAUUAAGUGAAUACAAUAAAAAUAGAGAAAAGAUUAUAUAUCCUGGAAUAGAUAAUUUAUCAUAACCUUUUAAAUCAGAAGAUAAUUUAAUAAAGAUUCUUUAAAUAUAUCCUUAAAUGAAAAUAGCACCUUCUAAAGAUAAACCAAAGAAAAUAUAAGUUGAAUGUAGUGAUUCAAGCAUAAAAUAUUUAUUAUUAAAGAAUGAAGUUUAAGAUUCUAAAAGUAAUGGAGAUACAAGGAGAGAAUAAAGAAUAAUUUUGAUGCUAUAAUUUUUUAAUACUUUAUUAGAUCCUCUCUAAUUAAAGUAUCCAUUAUUUGCAUCAAUGAGUUUAAAUUAACUUAGUUAAGUUAUUGAAUGGGUAACAUAAACAACUACAUGUCGUGAAGCUAUAGGAGUUUCAACAGUAGGUGCUAAGAAUAGAUAAAUUUAUAAUUAGACAGAAUGGAAAUAAUUAAAUGAAUAAGAACCAAAAUUAAAUAAUUACUUCUUUUCAUAAUAUUAAGAUCCUUAUGUUUGGUAUGAUGCAUAAUAAGGAUUUAUAAAAUCUAUGGCUUUAUGGUCAGCUUUUCAAUAUUUAAUAGGAUUUGGUGAUAGACAUUGUGAUAAUAUAUUGAUUCAUGAAAGUGGAGAAUUGAUUCAUAUAGAUUAUGAAUGUGUUUUUCAUAAAGGAAAGUUUUUACCAGUACCUGAGAUAGUAGAUUUUAGAUUAACAAAGAAUCUUAGAUAUGGAAUGGGUUAUUUAAGAGAAUAAGGUUAAUUUAGAUAAUUACUUGAAUAAAUUAUAGAAGUAUUUUAAAAACACAAGGAUAGUAUAUUUGCAUUUCUUGAUCCAUAUAUAUAUGAUCCAUUAUUAUGUAGAACUUCUUCAGAUGUAAUUGAAUUAAUAAAGUAUAAAUUGAACAAUCAAAUAAAUGUAUAGAAUUUAAUUGAACGAAAUUGUGAUUCAGAAAUACUUAGAUAAAUGUAUUAUGGAUGGGCACCUUAUUAAUGA